CGCAGUCAUCAAGCUCGAAUAAUCGACGAGCACGAUUUUUGGUAGAAUCGAUUUCAAACUGAUUUUUUUAAUUAGAUUCUAUAAGCAAUAGUGGUUGAUUUUCAAGUUUUUCAAGAGGUGGUGAAUGUGGGUUUAUGGGUACUGUUGUUCUUGGGGAGAGAGGUGGUGGAGGAUGAGGGCAGUAGAUUGGGCAAAUUGGAGGCCGUAUCUUGAUUUUGAAGGGCUUGGAAGUGGUGGUGGAGACGAUAGGAAAUUGGGAAGAGGUGGGACAAUUUGGAGUUAGUGGUGGUUGGAGUAUCUUUCCGGUGGGUUUGGUUAAGGAGUGGUGGUGGUUGGAGGGGCUUUCCAAUGGCUUGGGGGUUUGUUUGGAAAUGAUGAGUGUUUGGAUGAUGUGGAGAUCCACUUCAAUAUUUAACAAUCCAAGUAAAUUUUUAGAGUCAAACGUGAAAUUCAUUCAGCAAUUGAUGGGAAGUAAUGGACUUUAGUUUAGUGGCUUGGGACGAUUAUUAAAGUUUGGCGAAUGAGCCGUGACCAAGUGCAAAGUUCAAUGACCAAUAAAACAUUAAAUUCGAAGUACAGAUCCUUUGACGCUUAUGGCGCCAACCCCAUGAAAUAUCUCUCACCCUUUUGACCGUUGCACCCAAAAAUGGAGAAACUCAAAAAAGUCUCACCGUUCAGACUUUCCUCCCUGCUUCGCCUCCAGAAGGACCCCAAGCUAGCCCUCCGGCUCUUCCUGAACCCGAACCCGAAUGACCCAAACCCGAAACCCUUCCGGUACUCUCUCCUCUCGUACGACCUCAUAAUCUCCAAGCUCGGCAGAGCCAGAAUGCUCUCUGAAAUGGAAAAUAUCGUCGAGAAAUUGAAAUCUGACACCCGAAUAAUUACAAAGGAAAUCAUUCUCUGCAACAUCAUCACAUUUUAUGGUCGAGCCUGCUUGCCGGGUAAAGCCCUCAAGGUAUUCGAAGAAAUGUCUGCUUUCCGAUGCCAAAGAACGAUAAAAUCUGUGAAUACUGUUUUGAAUAGUCUUCUUAUUUGUCGGGAGUUUGAGAAAAUGUGGGAGUUGGUUAUGGAGAUUGAAAAAUACGGGAGUCCAGAUGCUUGUACGUAUAAUAUAUUGAUCAAUGCGCGUCGUGUAAAGGGUGAUUUAGAGGGAGCACUUAAUAUGUUCGAUGAAAUGUUGAAAAGAGGAGUGGAACCAAAUGUUGUGACAUUCGGGACCGUAAUUAGUGGCUACUGCACGAAGUUAGAAUUGGAUAAGGCUUUUCAGUUGAAGAAGAAGAUGGAGGGGGAUUUUAAAAUUAAACCUAAUGCGCACAUUUAUACCGCAUUGAUUAAAGGGCUUUGUGAGGUUGACGAGUUGGACAAAGCUAUUAAGCUAAAGGAGGAGAUAUCGAGGAAGAAAGUGGAAUUGGACUCCGCAAUAUAUUCCACCUUGAUCAAUCAAUUUUUUAAGGUUGGUCGGAAGGCGGAGGUUUCUGAAUUGUUAGAGGAAAUGGAGAAAGUUGGGUGUAAGCUUGAUACAGUAACAUAUAAUGCUCUUAUAUGUGGGUUUUGUCAGGAGAAGGAGUUUGAUUCAGCUUUUGGGGUUUUGAAUGACAUGGAAAAAAAUGGAUGUAAGCCUGAUGUGAUUAGUUAUAAUGUUAUUAUUGGUGGGCUCUGUAGGGAAGGGAAAGCAAGAGAAGCACGUGAUUUAUUGGAAGAUAUGCCAAGACGAAAAUGCUUCCCAGAUGUGGUAACUUACAGGAUACUUUUUGAUGGGCUUUGUGACCAAAAGCAUUUAAAGGAAGGGGCAGGUAUAUUGGAUGAGAUGCUUUUCAAAGGAUAUGUCCCUCGUUCUUCUAGUAUAAGCAAAUUUGUUGGUGAAUUAGUACAAGGCCAUAAAACGGAAAUAAUAUGGACAGUUUUAAAUAGUUUGGCUAAAAGAAAUGCAAUUGACUCAGAUAUAUGGAGAUUCGUUAUUUCUCUAGUCUGCAAGGAGGACAGCCACUGUGAUGCAACUGAGGUUAUUAGUAGCCUGUUAAGCACUCAGGAUCACUCGGUUAGGGAUGGCUAAAUGGGAUCGACUUCUUAGCGCUGGAUGCUCACAUAUUAAGGAGUUAAUAUGGUUGCGGUUAUAAUUUACUAUAACUUUUGUGAGCCACAAGCGCCAUGCCUAUAAUAAAGUAAAAUUUCCUCUCAGUGAUAUUUUAACUAAAAUUGUGGGGACUUCUGGUUUGGAAUAAUGAUUCCCUUUCCCUCUUAUUAUUGUGGUAACAUACCGUUAAUUUCAUUAAUUUUGCUCCCAAGGACUUGGCCACUCAUUAAAGGGACUGGGAGAGCCUGACUAUAACAAGAAAGCAUGUAAACAGCUGCAGUUGGCACAUUGUCCGCUGCUGAUCAUUUUUCGCCUACCAUAUGUCCUUUUAAAGUCUGCAAAUGCCAUGCUGCCGGUCAUCGCAUACAGAUUCUUUCCUACAAAUUGUUCCUGGGUUUGUAUUGCAGUUUAACUUGCAAUGGAAAUAGAAGAAAUACAGAGGCUGCAGGUAAAUCUCCAAGAGUAAAUGAGGAGACUCCCCUUUUGAAUAAAAACAGAAGCAAAACUCCUUAGGACCUCCUUUUUUUCAGGUGUGAAAAUUGUCUGUUGGUGUGCAAGUUUUCAGUAAUACAGUAAGGAACUUUUUCAGCUAAUUUCGUUCUGUAAUUGACUUUUUCCCUACCUUCUUUUGUCUUCUUUAAUUGUCGUGUCUUCCAAGUCUAAUGCAUGCAGAAAGUCUUUCUAUCAUCUAUCUAUUUGCUUUUUUCAUAUUUUUGGCAUGACAUAAUUCUCUCUCUUAAAUGCUUUGCUUGGACUGUAAUCUAAACCCAGGGACAAAUCUGUAAGUAUCAUAUUUAUCGAACCCUGUUACAUAAAUCAAUAAAUUAAGGAUAUGCUUUUGAAACUUAACUGUACCUAGGUGAAAAUAUUUCUCUAUUGUAAAUGCCGUAAAAUAACCUAUUUUUGCAUCUCAAUUUUGUUACGAGGAGAGUUCCAAAUUUCUCAUUAUCUGCUUACCAGACUAGUGACAUACUGGAGUUGUCCUCGAAGUAUGCUAGUUAUCUGAAUUAUGGAUUAGAUGGAAAUUAAAUUCAUAACAACUGUCAUUUAUUGCCACUUUUUCAGCAUCAUAUGGCCACGGUGAACCGGAAGUGCCAAAUUUGGAUUAGAUUCCCAUGAACACAAGAGUGAUAGCAGUGAAGGGUAAAUGAAGUCCUGGAGUUUGUGCACAGUUGCACAGGCCUGAGGUGCACUGGGGGGCCCUUUACCCAUCAUGUCCACUUUCAGUCUUUAUCCAAGUGAAUUGAUCCCACACCAACAUAAAAGACAGCCUCAUGCAGCUUACCAAGAAACAAAAGCCAGCAUCUUAGUUAAUUAGUCCCUAUCCAACUUUUUUCAUCAGAUAUUCCCAAAUAAGAGUUGUAGUAACAAGUGUGUGAGUGGUGCCCCGGUGCCGUCUCUUGAAGAUUUGUGAUCUGAACCUUAGUAUUUACUCUUUCUCUCUCCCUCCUCUCUUUCUUAGAAUAUAACUAUGCCUACGCUAUAUAUGAUUCACUUCCCACCAACUUUACCACUUCAUUAGUCCGUUUCUCUUCGAUUUUCUUAGCUUUUGACAUGGCUAUCUUGAACUCAGUUUUGCUCACUUUGAUUCUCGUACUAUUCUGUUUUGUGCAAUCCUUAGAAACAAGCAUGCUUCUGAGCAUGGGAAAGGACAAGGCACCUUCCCUAGAAGAGAGUUCAAUAUUGAGUGCCCUUCACAAGGGUACUGUUAAUCCACCUUCUGCCCCAAGUGAUAGAGGCAAUUCUGUGGUUAUACCACAUGGAAAUCUCUUCAGCCGCCAACUCGGGAAUGUUGGCAAUAUUGUUGGUCGCAAGAAGUCGACCCCUAGUCCCGGAGAUGGCCAUUGAACUCUAAAGUUCUUGAUUUUUCUCUUUCUCCUUUGAAGAGAGUCACCUCAUUUACACAUUAAUUGGUGACAUUUUUGUAAGAUACACUUGUAAGUAAGUGUAUAUUUAUCAUUUAUUCAUGUAAUCCUUAGACGAAGCAUGGCAUAAAUUAUAACUCCACUUUGUUUCUUCAUUAGACUAGAAAACACGCUUUAAAGCACAUUAUCCUCUCUUUCUCCGAUAAAGUAUUCCAAUUUAAUCUUGGACCUCAGGAUAAGUGAAAGAUUAGCAUUUUUUCAAAUAA